AUGUCAGAGGUUUUUGCUGUUGCGUUUGCACUUCUUGCGUCAGGUGCUGUGAUUCUGACAUUGAAUGUAUUGCUGCUGGGUGGUCAUAUAAUCUUUUUCCAGAGUCUCAGUCUCCUGGGUUACUGUCUAUUUCCUCUGGAUGUUGGUGCCUUAAUUUGCAUGUUGAUGGACAUUGUGAUACUGAAGGUGGUUGUGGUUGGUGUGACAUUGGCUUGGAGUUCUUGGGCAUCAUAUCCAUUCAUGAGCACUGCUGUUAACUCCAGGAGAAAAGCUCUUGCACUCUACCCUGUUCUACUCAUGUAUGUAUCUGUUGGUUUUCUCAUAAUUGCCAUCAAUUAAUGCAUCAAUGGUGGCUGCUAUUGGAAUAUAUAUAAGCUGAUCAAACAAAAAUGCAAUAUAAUAGGCAAUUGAUGUGGUGGUCAUUUGGUUGCAUGAUAAAGUUUUUGUACUUUUUUGGCUCUGCGGCUGGCUCAAUAUUCUUGGAACUCUGGUCUCGAUGUAGAGGAAAUUUACCUGUAACUUGUUCUCUUGUCACUUGUAACCUAGACUGCAAAUAUUUUGACCUAUACCUACAUUGCAAAUGGAAAUUGUCAUAAGGCAUUUUGUCUUGAUUCAUUUU